GCACGACGCAUCUCUAGAAAAAGAAAAGAAGCGCCGCAACGCUGCAAAAUUGUCGCUAAGGAAAUUAAAGAGUUGGCACUUUGUUUAAGCAUCCGUUUUAGCCAACGACGCGUAUCUGGCGACUUGCAGCCGGCACGGGCACCCAAACGAAUCCAUUCGACUAGCCACACACGCCCAGGCGAGGCCGCACGUCAAGCAAACAGCGUGCGCCGGUGAUUGGAGGACGGACAGCGAGUGUUGAGCUUUUGGAAGUGAAAUUGGAAGACAAGAACCAUUGAGAUGAGUCGCAGGAGGGCGCACGAUACGGAGGACGAGGGCUAUGAUCACCGGCGUAACAAGCGGCGUCGUGUGUCCGAAAAUCAGGAGAUCGAGGACCGUUUGGAGUCGCUUAUACUGCGCGUCGGUGAGCGUAGCACAUCCUCGGUGGAGUCCAAUCUGGAGGGAUUGGUCUCCGUGCUGGAGGCCGAUCUGGGCACCUUCCGCCUGAAGAUCUUGCGCAUUCUGUCCGACUGCGCCGUGCGUAUGCCCGAAAAGUGCACCGUUUACACCACCCUGGUGGGUCUGCUGAACGCAAAGAACUACAAGUUCGGCGGCGAGUUCGUGGACCACAUGGUGAAGACGUUCAAGGAGUCACUGAAGCUUUGCCGCUGGGAUGCGGCUCGCUACUCGCUUAGAUUUCUCGCCGAUCUGGUCAACUGCCAUGUGAUCUCGGCCACCAGCUUGCUCCAGCUGCUGGACACUAUGAUCGAUGUCUCCAACGAGGACACGGUGCCGCAGGUGCGUCGCGACUGGUUUGUGUUCGCCGUCCUGUCCACGUUGCCGUGGGUGGGACGGGAUCUCUACGAGAAGAAGGAGUCGGCCCUGGAGUCGCUGCUGCUGCGCAUCGAGGUGUAUUUGAAUAAGCGCAGCAAGAAGCACCACAAUGCGCUGCGGGUGUGGUCGUCGGAUGCACCGCAUCCGCAGGAGGAGUAUCUGGACUGUUUGUGGGCGCAGAUCCGCAAGCUGCGCCAGGACAACUGGGCCGAGAAGCACAUCCCGCGUCCCUACCUGGUCUUCGAUUCGAUCCUGUGCGAGGCACUGCAGCACAAUCUGCCGCAAAUAGUGCCGCCAUCGCAUCACGAUGCCUUCGAGUACCCCAUGCCCUGGGUGGUAUAUCGCAUGUUCGACUACACUGACUGCCCGGAUGGGCCGAAUCUCCCCGGUGCCCAUUCGAUCGAGCGCUUCCUGAUCGAGGAGCACCUGCAUCACAUCAUCGAGACGUACCACCACGAGCGCAAGGACUGUGCCGCCCAGCUGCUCAGCUUCCCCUUCAAGCACAAGAUCCCCCUCGAGUACUGCAUUGUGGAGGUGAUAUUCGCCGAGCUCUUCCACAUGCCCACACCCCGCUACCUGGACAUCUGCUAUGGCUCCAUCCUGAUCGAGCUGUGCAAGCUGCAGCCGGCCACACUGCCCCAGGUGCUGGCCCAGGCCACCGAGAUCCUGUUCAUGCGCAUCGACUCCAUGAACACCUCAUGUUUCGAUCGCUUCGUCAACUGGUUCUCCUACCAUCUGAGCAACUUCAAGUUCACCUGGUCGUGGGACGAGUGGGACAGCUGCCUGCUGUUGGACGCCGAGCAUCCGCGUCCCAAGUUCAUCCAGGAGGUUCUCCAGAAGUGCCUGCGCCUUUCGUAUCAUCAGCGCAUUACGGAGAUGAUGCCCACCACAUACCUCAAGCUGAUUCCCCCGACGCCCUCGCCCAACUACAAGUACGCCAACGAGGAGGCAGCCAACCUGCCCGGAACCACGGUGGCCCAUCAACUGGUGGUGGCCAUCCGGCAGAAGUGCCUGCCCGAGGAGGUGGUCAACAUCCUGAAGGAGAUACCCAGCAGCGGGUACAGCGGCGAGGAGAUGUCCGACGGCAGCUUCAAUGCCUUAAAGAUCGACGUCUUUGUCCAGACGCUGCUCAACCUGGGCUCCAAGUCCUUCUCGCACAGCUUUGCCGCCAUCUCCAAGUUCCAUUCUGUGUUCAGGGCCCUGGCCGAGACGGAGGAGGCCCAGAUCUGCAUACUCCACAACAUCUUCGAGCUGUGGUCCACCCACCAGCAGAUGAUGGUCGUCCUGAUCGACAAGCUGCUCAAGCUGCAGAUAGUCGACUGCUCGGCGGUGGCCACGUGGAUCUUCUCCAAGGAGAUGACCGGCGAGUUCACCAAGAUGUACCUCUGGGAGAUCCUCCACCUGACCAUCAAGAAGAUGAACAAGCAUGUGAUUAAGCUUAAUACUGAGCUGAGCGAGGCCAAGGACAAGCUCUCGAAGGCCGACUCCUCGUCCAGCGACUCGGACGAUGAUACUCCCCACAAGCGGAAGAAGCCCAUCACCCAUGCCGACAAGCCCUCCGAGGAGGUCGUGGAGCGCAUGGAGGAGAAGCUGGAGGCCGCCAAUGUCAACCAGAAGCGCCUGUUCCUGAUCGUCUUCCAGCGCUUCAUUAUGAUCCUAUCCGAGCACCUGCUCCGCUCCGACACCGACGGUCGUGAUCCGGACACGGACUGGUAUCGCUGGACAAUCGGACGCCUGCAGCAAGUCUUUCUGAUGCACCACGAGCAGGUCCAGAAGUAUAGCAGCACCCUGGAGACGCUGCUCUUCACCUCCGACCUGGACACCCACAUACUGGAGGUGUUCCAACAGUUUGUGGCCCUGCGUGCCUAAAGAUACCAUUGGAAUUCAAAAUUAGUCCUUAAUCCUCACCAGAAACCACUACAAACACUAACUAAACAGCUAACUUUUCAUUUCUUUUUUUUAAAACUAAAGUUAUCUUUUUUUUUAAUUUAAAACAUUAUGACACACAACCAGAAACCGCAGAGGAAACUUGUAAAAGGGAAGAUUUUUUAUAAAUAAUUUAUAAAGUUCGCAGAGAACCCACAAAAGUACAA